UUCAAGUUCAAUCUUCAAAAGUGAGAUCUCUUUUAGUUCGAUCUCACUCAACUACUAAUCCCUACAAUGGCUAGUGACCCUACGAUUCUCAUAAGCAAGAAAUUACUUCUUUCUUUCCUCCUUAUUUCCAUGGUGGUGGCUCCACCACCGGCUAUGGCGGGGAUCACAUGUGACACUGUAUACAACGACCUGCAACCAUGCCUAAGCUACGUGUUGGUUGGUGGAAGCGUGCCGGAAGAAUGCUGCAGUGGGCUUAAAUCUCUUCUUGCUAACGCAACGACCACCCCUGACCGCCAAAGCGCGUGCUCGUGCGUGAAGAAUCUUGCCUCCGCCGCCACCGGAGAAGAAGUUAGCCGCGCCGCUAGUAUCACCGGGCAGUGUGGUGCCAAUGUUCCUUUCAAGAUUAGUCCAGAUGUUGACUGCUCAAAGGUGAACUAAAGAAAUUAAAAGAGGUUGAUGAAUGGAAAAGGGUAACUUAGUAGAAACUCUUUCUAUAUAUAGCAUAUGAGCUACAUAAAAAUGAAAUUUUGUUUUUUUCCUAGUAGUGGAUUAUGUGAGGAAAUCACC